CGGCUUGCGCACGCUGGACAUGGAGACGCAGUGAAACAACGUGGAAAGCAAAAGAAUAAGGUUUUACUUACUAAAUGCGAGGGUUUGCAGGUCGUCAGUGUCCAAUGUUUUAUCCUGCCACGAUUUAAAAACUCGACGCUUCAACGUGAAAAGGUAAACAUGGUCUCUGUUUGAUAAAGAUAGUUUGUUUACUAACAGGGAAGCUAUCAGAGGAGCAACAUGCUACUGAUUUAUCGUUUUUAAGGUGUUUACAUCUUUACAGUCUGGUCUGUCAGGGGUGGAGAUUCACUUUAGUCUAUUCUCUGUCACAGAUGGGGAAGGUACCCAAGAAGAGGAGCCUUGCUGACAAAGUCCGCAAAACCAAGACCUCUGCUCAGAUCAAAAACAACCCUUUUGAAGUGAAAAUCAACCGGAAAAAAUUUGAUGUUCUGGGUAGAAAAUCUAAGCAUGAUGUGGGUCUGCCUGGGGUAUCCAGAUCCAAAGCUAUUAACAAGGUAAUUGACAAAAUCAUCAUUCACUUGUUGUCACUCCAGCUUUGCAUGUUAUGGUGUUUUAACAAUGAAAUCACUUUUGACUUGUUGAUCUGUAGAGAAAGGAAACCCUCCUGAAGGAGUACAAACUCAAGAACAAGUCCAACAAAUUGAUUGACAGGCGUUUUGGAGAGUAUGACACAAAGAUGGCUCCAGAGGACAAAAUCCUGAAGAGGUUUGCGAUGGAGAGACAGGUUAGUGGUGAAUAUAUCUCUUCUCGUUCAAGACUGUGGACAUUAGACCGGGCAACUCAAAAUUAAACAAGGCUCAUAAAGAUAAACUGUUUUAAGAAUCGAGUUAUACAAUAUAUACCUAUAAAAACACCGAGUUAGACACCCCCUCGACAGAUGAAUAUUGCCGACCGCUUGCUUCUCUAGUUAUACAAACUUUAGCAAUGAUUGCAUGAUAGCAAUACACAGCAGUCUGAGGAGCCAUAAACAAACCUCAACCAACAUUCAUCUCUUGAGGGGGUGUCUUACCCUGUGUUACAAUGUGAAUUAGUUUUACGACGGAAUAUCCCUUUAAUCAGAUUUAUAAGUUGGUCUUAAUGCAACAUGUUUUACCAAUUAUCAACAAAAUAACAAUUCAACAGCGUAAAAAUCGUUGGACAAAUCUCAUUUUCCCCCUCAGCAUUGUCUCUCCUCACGAUGUACCCUAACUUCUCAGUGGCUUCCUUUUUCAGCGUGUCCAUGAUAAGAAGGAUGUUUACAACCUGAACGAGGAGGAGGAGCUGACUCACUACGGACAAUCACUGGCAGAAAUGGAGAAAUUUAAUGACUUAGUGAACAGUGAUGAUGAAGCCGAAGAGAAAGGCCUUUUGUCAGGUGAGUGUUGACCAUGUCCAAACACUAAAUGAACAGAAAAGGGAUUUAAAAAAACACUUUGAUCUUGUUUUCUUGUAGCCCUAUAAAACAGUGUGCUGUCAUAGCUUGUGUCCUGUCUGUAAAUGCGCACGUCUUUGGUUAAAUUCAAUUUGGUGAAAAAAUGAACGAUGGUAAUUCAUGAAUUCAGCAUUUUUAUCGCACACUAAAGAUGCAAUAGCAGGUAGAAAAAAAUGAAAUUCUUCUUCCUCUUCUUCCUCAUUUAGCUGAGCUGACCGCCUCCCACUUCGGAGGAGGAGGAGGCCUCCUCAAAAAGAAAACAUCAGGUGAUCAGCAGGAGGGUGAGGGAAGCCAUAGGGCCAAGUCCAGACAGGAGCUCAUCGAGGAGCUCAUUCAGAAGUCCAAACAGGAGAAGGUGAGCAUGAAGCAUGACCCUGUUGGUUAAUUUUGGCUGGGUAUUGGGAUAUUCUGCAAAAGAUUUACAAAACUAACUGUGAUUUGAUGCUUGAACACAGAAUAACAAAUUACUAAAUGACUUUGCAAAAAAAAUGUUUUUAAUCCGUCCGAAUUGCACCAUCCUGCUCAGUUAGACUCUUACUACACUUAUAGAUGUAGAUGUAGUCUCAUCAAUAUCUUCAGUAUCAUGCUGUUUUAAGAGUUUGUUUUGCAUUUUUUGAUAAUGAAAGUAACAUUUAAACAUCUUUUAAAGACUCGCAUAGAGCAAAUAUAUGUGGACAAAGGCUGAGGAAGCUGGAAUUACUGAUGGAAUGUUGCUUUUUGUGUCUGUAGGGAAGUUUUAUUAUCAGUAUCAGAGAUGCAAAAUAGAUGAUGUUGGAUGGUUUUCUGAUUUGGAAUUAUUGUAAUAUUUUAGGGGAGGUUUGGCUCUUUGUGUAAGAACAUUCACUUUCUGUUCUGACGUUUUCAGCGGGAACGUCAAGUACAGAAAGAGGAGGCGCAGGAGCUGACUGAGAAGCUGGACCAAGAGUGGAAGAGCAUCCAGGCCCUGAUGGUGAAAAAGACACCCAAAGGAGAAAGUUCUGAUAUACCAGAGGAGAAGCCAAAGGUAGGGUGACAGAAAUCAAACAUCAAGUGUCAUUUCUUCUUGCAGACUCCAAAUUCAUGCCUUUGCUGUCCCACUCUGCUUUCAGCCAGAGGCCUACGACAUGAUGGUGAGGGAGCUCGGCUUCGAGAUGAAGGCUCAGCCCUCGGAGAAGAUGAAAACUCCAGAGGAGCUCGCCAGGGAGGCAAGGGAGAAGCUGCAGAAACUCGAGGUGUGUUUGCAGUGUGAGCUAGCUGUUUAACAUUGUUGUAUUUUACAUUCCUGUUUGAUAAAAUUCUUGUGCUUUUUCUUACUCCAGGCUGAUCGUCUGAGGAGGAUGAUGGGAGAGGAAGCUGAAGAGAGCACACAGAGUCAGACCCACCUGUCAGCUGAUGAUCUAAACGACGGCUUCAUCCUGGAUAAGGAAGAUAAGAAGACUCUCUCCUAUCAGGUUGGAGAGAAAUGUUUGAAUUCCCAAUUUUUGUGUGUGGAUUUAUUUCUUGGUACAGACUAUGAAUUAUUCACGAUUGUUUUGUGUGUCCAGGAAGGAAAGUGGAACAUUGGAGAGGAAUCAGAGGAAGAUAACGAAGAGGAAGAGGAGGAGGAGGAGGAGGGUGAAGGCGAACAAGAGGAGGAGGAAGAGGAGGAAGAAGAAGAUGAACAAGAUGAAGAUGAAGAAGAGGAAGGCAGUGGUGAAGAAGAAGAUGAAGAGGAUGGUCACUCUGACCUGGAGUCUGAGCAUGAAAGUGAGGAUGAAGAGGAUCAAGACACCAGCGCCAAACCGAGUCUGAGCAAAGAGGAGCUGAAGGCCCAACAGGAGGCGGCUAAAGCAGAGCUGCCGUACACAUUUACAGGUAUUCACACAAACACAAUGAAACUCAUCACAGCAAAAGCAUCCGGAAAACCAGAAUCCAAAACGCUUCAUAGUGUCUGUUUCCUGAUCUCAUAGCCCCUGAGAGCUACAGUGACCUGAAAAACCUGCUCCAAGGUCACACCCCUGACAACCAGCGCAUCAUUUUGGCCAGGACUCAAAAAUGCAACCAUCCUGGUCUGGCUGCAGGCAACAAGCUCAAACUGCAGGUACACUUUGAGGAAAGACAUCAUCAGUUUUAGGUUGACUUCAGUGCCGAUCAAACUUCUUAUAUUUUCUCUGUUUGCCCCAGAAACUGUUUGGCUUUCUUUUGGAGUACAUUGGAGAAGUGGCCACCAGGAGUCCUCCUGAACUCACCAUCGUAGACAAGCUCAUACCGUGAGUUCAGAUUGCUCUAAAGCUGACCUCUGUUAUGAGUUUCUAGCACAGUACAUUAUGGUAAAGUAACAUUCCCACUGUCAAGAUCUGUAAAAGCACCCAAACCACUGCUCCAUACUGUUCUGAUUUUUAACACCCAUCUGUUGGGGUACCAGGCAUACCUGUCAGACCCUAAAGAGAGGACUUAGACACACUUGACUGAGAGAGUAGAGGCGAAGAGACAUAUUUGAUACGUUAGAAUGAGAGUUUUCUGGAGGCUAGAAUGAGAUAAGAUAAAAUAAGAACUUCAUUUAACCCACAGGAAGAAGCUGUUUGAGUAACUUCUCUCUCCACGUAACUGUCCUGUACACGACUUCAAAAUAAAAGCAUAAUUUGAAAAAAGAAUUUAGAAAAAAUAUAUGGCUUUGUAUUGAAUAUCACCCCAGAAGAGUUUUUAAUGCCUGUGUUAUAAAAUAUAACUGAUACAAAGCCAAUAAAGAGAUGAGAUUAGCGCACAGCUAAAAAAAAAAAAAGUCUUUUAUGAGCCUUUUAUUUUCUAGAUUUUAGUCCCAUGAGAAGAAUUUAAGAGGCACUGUUUACACUUGCAGUCUGAAUUGUAGCCACUUCCAACAUGAAGUGCCAGGGUCCAGUUGGUUAUAGGAACACAAGCAAGAUUUGUAUUAAACUGUACCAACUCAAACCAUCAUCUUAAAGAGACAUGUAUCCUGUUUUUUCUCUCUCUUUGUAGAGAGCUGUAUACUUUGUGUCAGAUGUUCCCAGAUGCAGCCUGUAAGGCCAUGCAGGACAUCGUUGGAGACGCCGCUCAUAGCAUGGAGGAGGUGCUUGAGGUCAAAGGGCAUGCUGGUUUCCCAACAUUAGAUGUGGUAAGGGUUAAUUACAAUUAUGCUGAAUAUUAGACAUGGAGUGUACAGGGUUGAAGUUUAAAAGUGUCUCUAUUUCACAGUCCUGUUCAUACAUAUAAUCAUGUACGAAAUCAUCAUGUAGGAGAAUGUUAGGAGGACCCACAGUGAAAUAAACAAGUGCCCAGUUAAGACAUCCAUCUCCCAGACCCUUUUCCAAUAUCAGUGCCCCAGUGAUAACUUACAUAACCUCACACAUGGCUCCCAUUGUUGCCGACUACCCAAACAUGAAGAUAGAUGGAGGGAAAGACUGGCAGCAAAAGAUAAUUCAUCAAAGAAGUUACCAAGUGGGCACCUGUUCUGUCAAAUUAAACUCAUUACUUCACUUCAGUGUGGGGAGAGAGAGAGCAGAAUAGGAAGAGAGAAUGGGUCUGUCUCUUUCCUCUCUAUAUGGAUAACACAUUUCUAUUAAAGCACGGUCUGUUUAGUAUUUGUAACCGAGGAUGUUGACACCUUUUGCAGCUUGUUUACCUGAAGGUGACAGCCUUGCUGUUUCCUACAUCGGAUUUCCGACACCCAGUGACCACUCCAGCCCUGCUCUACAUCGGCCAGGCUCUCACCAAGGUACACUCAGUCCACAGAGGGUUUGUGAUGUUGUGUGUCGUCAGAGCUGUUUUACGUUAUUUUGCUUUUUUUGUCUGCACCUUUUGUCUUUUUGGGUAUUAAUUAUUUUCCACUAACCUGCCUUAAAGCAGCCCCCCCAGUACAUCUGAUCUUUUCACAUUUUCUUUGAGGGGUUUUGUACUAAAGAGGAUAAGAGCCACAUGAAGAGAAAAAAACAUAAUGAAGGGAAGGAGAUUGAAGUCGAAAUUUCGAGAUUGAAAAAAAUCAAAAUUAUGUCAAAGUCAAAAUUUCAGGAUUAAAAAUUGAAAUCUUAAGAUCAAAGUCAAAGUUUUCAGAUUACAAAAUGUUGUGAAUAAUGUCAAAAUUUCGAGAUUAAAAAAAUUAAAAAUUUUCAAGAUUUAAGUCGACAUGAAUAAAGUCGACAUGAAUAAAGUUUAAAUUUUGACUUUAAUCUCGAAAUGGAAAUGAAAAAAAUCUCCUCCCUGUAAUUUUUUUUCCUCUUCUUGUGGUCCUAAUCCUGUUUUGUAGUUUUGACAUAUUCAUAUCUAGUAUUUUUAUUAUUUUUUUAACCAUUAUACAUCUAGUGGUACAUUUCCUUUUUUUCUGUUCAUGCUACAGUGAAACACUUCUUCAAAAACAGUUACUAAGCAUGUGUGUUUUUCUCCUCUAUGUAGUGCCCAGUGAGGUCUCUACAGGACAUAACAUCAGGUUUAGUUCUCUGCUGUCUGGCCGUGGAGUACGUCUCCUUCUCAAAGCGCUUCCUGCCAGAACUCCUCAACUUCCUGACCAGAACGUUACACCUGGCCGUGCAGGACAAGACCUCCUUAGGUAGCUGCGCAGCCACAGCGCAUUAUAACAAGUAAACCUGUGCGUGUUUAAAAGCAGAGUUGACAGUGUCAGAUGUCGUGUUGCAGGUUACACAGUGGUGCCACCCUUCAGGCCGUCAGGGAAGUGCAGCGAUCUGCUGGUGCUAUCAGACUCGGAGUCAAGCAAGAGCUGGAGUAAGAAGAGCCUUCCACUGUCUGCUACCGAACGUCUGGAACUGCAAACAGACCUCGACAAAGAUCACCACAGGUAGGAGGGGAGUCACUCCUCGGGGAAAGAAGCUGCUUUAGCUCGGAUAGUAGAAGCUACAGUCCGCCAUAUCAAUAUCAGGUCUCUGCAGUAGGUAGACAUAGAGUUCAUACACAGUUGGAAUUUCCAUACGUUUCCAUACCCUAAUUUUUUAGAUUUAUUUUUGGAAAUAUCGACUUAUCAAUUCUAGAAAACAGUAUUUUAGAACUGUGGUAAUAGGUAAUCGAAACAUAAAUAUUUUUCUAUACUUUUUAAGACCUGGAAAUUGAUCAAAUUUAUUUCCAUACUUUUCCAUACUUGCGUAGGAACCCUGUAGACAUCUCAUGUCUGUUUAUGAAAUGUGAUGCAAAAACCAGGCGAAUGUUAGCAUAGCUUAAAUUGACUAACAUCCAUCUCUGAAAUCAAUCACUGUUUCCCUUGUUGGAGUUUUAAAAAAGCUUCUAUGGCCGGGCAUAUGGUAAAGUUUGCAUAUAUUUGCAACAAGCUAAAGCGAUGACCUCUUUUGAAGAGGAGUAAAGUCAUAGUUGGAAGCAGUCAGCUUUGUGCAGACAAUCUUGGGAGCUCAGAAAGUGCUGACAUUGUGGGUGUGUUUUAAGGCGCCUUGAGGAGGUUUUUAGCUGGUUAUGAAACAGUCUUGGAUGAUUUCUCUACUUGACCCGCAAAAGCAAACCAGACCACCAAGAAAGAGACCAAUAAUUUCUAGUUAUUUUUAAAGCCUGUGAAUACUCUCACCUGGUGGGUGUUCAAGCAGGGGAUUGCCAAAAACAGCCUUUAUUUGCAUUUUCAUACUGCAAAGACUCAUCGUGAUUUGAAAUAUGUGACUGUUAGAGGAAGGCUGGAUGAGAUUUUUGAUCAGAAAACACUAACUUGAAAUUUAAAGGACGAGAUAAACAAAGAGAUUGAUGUAGCUACUGUAGCUACAGGGGGCGCCAAAAUCCACUCGAAGCCAAAAGCUGCUCAUUGGCGCUUUAAUAAAAAAGAUUCAAUACUUCUUAAUCAAUGCUUUUAAUCAAUUCUUAAAUCUGUGCAGUCCAAAACUAAACCUGUUAUUAAAAAACGAUAUAAUAAUAGUUUACUAAUGAUUAAACCUGACUUAAUGAAAUGAUAAAUUGUUCUAACUUUCCCUGAUUCACUGUUUCUCUGUGGUUCAAACUAAAUCCACAUGUAGCUCUAGAUAUUUUUUUUUACACCUCUCUGUUUAUCCAGCUGACCCCCCCAGAGAUGUGGCAUUCAGACACAACAGAGCCCACAAUACGUUAAUUGGCCGUUCAGAGUUGAGUCAGUGACAACCGGAUGAAAUAACAGCAGAGAACACGAGCCCAGAGACAAUUAUAGGGACAGUGGGAAGAGGAGGAGGGAGCUACACUGUGAGAGGAUCUUUUGUCUUCACUCUGCUUCUCUUGUUCAAUGUGGACCAGAAUUAGACCACCUUAAAUUAAAAGGCAAGGAAAGAAGAGCGAGAGGAAGCUUUACUGAAUGUGGAAAACAAGGAUUAACACGUAGGAUAAGAGUCACUGAUCAAAUUUGAGCAGAAAUGUGCACUUUGUCGAGAUCCUCCUGUCGUUAGAUUUAACAUGUCAGCAGCACAGAUACAAGAUAAACUGUGACGAGUUAUUAUUACAGCCACUAUAGUCCGGGUAUAAAAGCCUGAUAUGAGGCGUCUCACUCUGUUUACCUGUACAGACUGUAGGGCUCCGAGCUAGCUGAGACAUCCACUCGUGUGAUUGUGUCGAAGCGCAGUGUGGUUUCACACAGCAGCUGGUGUGUGGGCACGCAGCGAAGCUUGCAAACCGGCUUCAGCAGACCGUGCCUGUGGAUGGAAUAUACUUUCUCAUUAUUAAUAAACUAAACUGGAUCAUGCUCUAAUUUAGAUCAUAUACAAUGUUGUUAUUAAACAGAGCAACAGAUUUCAUUACAUAUUAGACUCAUAAAUAAACAAUGUGUCACUGAUAUCGGGUCAAACGUUGUGAGAAGUCAAAAAAUCAGUGAGUUUUGUGAACUUUGACGGACAAAGAUAUUUUAUGCUUGUCAUGUGCAUUUCACAACUUUUCCAGCCUGUCUCAACUUUUGUGAAAUGUGCCGCUGGCAUCAAGUUCAAACUGGGGAAUUCCAAGAACAGUUUGAGCCUUUAGUUUCAACACUUGGCAUGUUGUUUUUCUGCUUUUUUAAACAAAUGUAAGUUUUCAGCGCUCUUUAAAAGCAUCGCUUUCUGUUUCUGUUUACAUCUUACGCUGGAACUUUGUUAGAAACAGGGUUGUAUGUAUCCAUGGCGACCCUCACUAAAAUAUCUCAGGUUACAACAAACCAAAUACCUAAGUGUGCUCUCAGUGAUUCAGAUCAGUCCAGUUCCACUCCUGCCCCUAAAACCUGUGUUCCCAGUCCUUUACAGCAAGUGGAAAACAGUAACACUGAAAAUGUCGAUCUGUGUUUCUGUGCAGGUUAACAUGUCUGUCUACUUGUCUGGACCUGGUGAAGCGCUGCUGCCUGCUCUACAAAGACCUCUUGUCUUUCAACACCAUCUUCCAGCCAAUCAGAACGCUGCUUUCCAAACAUCUCUCAGCUUCAGCGUUACCAGGGAUUUUACAGGUCGGUGCCAAAAGAUCCAGAGGUUUUUUUUUGAUUGUUUCUUCUGUUCUUGGUCUUCUAAUACUUCUCAUGUUUCAGGAGCUUCACAGUGAGAUCUUGGAGACCAUCAGAAGUGCUCCUGUGUCUCACAAUCCUCUGGUUUUAGAUAAGAAGAAGCCCAUUCCCCUGAAGCUGCUCACACCUAAGAUUGUUGAAGUGUAAGUGGCCAUCAAAACUUGGCGUGAGCCGUGUUGAAAUGACUCCCAAGAGUUGAGAGAAAGCACGAAAACCUCUUUUGGUGAUCUCAUCUUUCAGGUUGGACUACGGGAAGAAGCGCGGGAGCAACAGAGAGGAGAGGGAGAGGGAGCGACUGAAGCACAAGUACAAGAAGGAGUUCAAGGGUGCUCUGAGAGAGAUCAGGAAGGACUCUCGCUUCCUGGCCAGAGAGAAACUCGACGAGGUCAUGAACAGGUGUGGAUGACAGACCGGGUUGUAUUGGGAAAAAAACACUCUUGUUCCUAAAAGCCUCUAACUUUGUCUGUUUUUGUGUUUCAGAGAUGCAGAGAGGAAGAGGAAAGUGAAGGAGCUCUUUGGCAGUUUGGCCACUCAGGAGGGAGAGUGGAAGGCCCUGAAGAGGAAGAAGAGGAAGUGAAGUACAGCAUCUCAGUCUUUUGUCUGCUCUCAAAUGGACUUCUCCACUUCAGGUGUGGAUUACAACAAGGUGGAAACUCUGAAACCAAGAACUGUUUUUCUAUUUCUAAAAUAUUCUUUCUUAUCCGAAAAAGAAAGAGAGAUUGAAUUCCUACACUGCAAACACACGUGAAACUAUUUGAGGAAUAGCUGACAAGAGUUUGCACCAAGUUACCAAAUAUCUGGAUGUAGGCGUUUGAUGUGAUGAUCAGAUGCUGUUGUUGAAAGUGUCAGUCAACACAGCAGGGAUUUUUUUUUAGUUUAUCCAUUUUACCAACAGAAUCACCAACUACUGUGUGCUUUAAACACAAGACAAUAAAAAAAGUAUGUUUCUGUAACCUCAUUUUCCAUCAAUUACAUAAUUUGUUUUGAGUUUUGGUCGGCUUGAACACACAAAUAAAAUAAACACUCAAAGUGAUAGAUUCAAAGAUUUUUUCUGUUUGAAUUUUGAUGAUUACAGCUACAGCGGCUCACAAAAAUCCACUUUCUCAGUUUCAGUAUCAGAAAACUUUAUUGAUCCCAAAAGGGCAAUUCAUUUGCAGCAUUUUAAGAACAUACAUAAAAUCACACGUCAGUCCAUUCCAGUCACAGUGGAACCCAGAUCGAACCCUUACAAAAUAUAACACACUACGCGAUCACAAGAUGCCUCCCCUAGAAUCAGAAUGUAUGAAUACUGUGGAAAAGUCCAGUUUCUUUUUUGUCAUUUCAGCUUUAAUCAGCUAAUUAAAACUGAACACCAGCAAAGCUUUACUGAGCCUUUAACUCGCUUUAUCAAGUCUAGUGUCAACACAGCCUGAAGUCUACCAGAAGAUUUUGGAGCUCUCUUUAUGCGUCCAUCCGCUGAGAAGCUUUAAGGUCCUUACAUUCGCCUUUUUUAAAAAAGCAUAAAAUCAAUGCAAGCUUCCACACCGCCGGCGAUUUUUCCUUCUUUUAUUUUUUCGCUCUUGUGUCGAAUUUUUCGGAGAUUCACAGGCGAAUAUCUGGACCUGCUAGACCUCUGGCCAAUCAAAAGUCAUGUUGUUGAUGACGUCACAGACCCAUGCGGCUGCAGUUCACACGACACACACCACCACUGGCACCAAGAGCAACGAUGGGAGAGAGUGUGUACCACAGAGUGGUCGCCCAAUGUGUAUAAGCGAAAGGGAUUUUUCGGACCGGCGAAUAUUUUUCGCAUUUUCGUCUCGCUUUUUCGCUUCGCUCCACAAAUUCGCCGGUGUGUAAGGACCUUAAGUGUUCCUUUUAUCAGCAGGACCUUGCACCUGCCGACAGCGCCAAAACUACCAGAAACUGGUUUGCUGACCCUGAUAUAACUGUACUUAAUUGGACUGCCAUGCUGUGUCACAUCGAUGCAGUAAUUGGUGCAAAAUAUUCCCAGACUAAGUACUGAGAGCAAGAAUGAACAUGAUUUUCCAGAAGGUCCACAUUUCUGUGUUACAAAUCCUUUUUCAGAUUGAUGUUUUGUCUGAUGUUUUAAAGUGAUGGACUUUUGUUUUUCAUGA